AUGCGUUUUGGCUCAAGUCAUGCCGGGUGGGCAUGGCGUACCUGCGGCCUCAUGAAGUUUUGAUCAGGUCGCAAGAAUCGUGUCAUGCAAGAACCUCAAUCUGAGGGAGAGGAAGUGAAGUUGAUUUUCGAACUGCUAGAUGCUGACCACAGCGGCAAGAUCGAUGUGGAAGAGCUGAAGCAUGUCUUGUUGGGUUUGAGUUCCUGGACUGAGAAGGAGGUUGAAGGUUUGAUCGAAGAGUUUGACAAGAACAAGGAUGGUGAGCUCUCCAUCGUGGAGUUUUGGAGUUGGGUCAACGGCCACGAUGGACGGUCGACCGAGAUGUACCGACCAGCGCUGUUGGACAUGGCGGUGGCGGAGAACAAGCGAAAGGUCUCAGAGACGGAGGAGCGGCUGGCGGUUUUUCACGAAAAAAGAGCAGCUGAAGAAGCCAAAGCAGCAAAAGAGGCCCAAAGGCAAGCCGAAAGAGAGCAAGGUCUGAUCUUGAGUCGAGAUGCUUUCGUUAAAGCCAAGAUGGAAGCGGGCUUUUCCAAAGCUGUUGCGGAGGAGCUAUACAGAAAGUGCGACCAAGACAAAGAUGGUGAAGUCAACCAUCAAGACAUUGGUUGGCUGGUGUCAGACAAUUUGGCAACCUUGGACCAAGUGAAAGCUACGUACCAGAAAGGAAUUCAAAAAGAGGCAGAGGAAAUCAGUUGGAGCGAAGAUUGGAAGGCAGAGGUUGGAAAGCUUUUGAAAAGGCGAGGCUUCAAAGAGGAAGAAGAAGGCUUGAAAUAUCACGCCACAAGCGCGAGUGGGGAGAGCAUUGAACUCAAAGAGAUUCUCAAGGACAAGACAGCGACGCUGGACUCAAAGCACUUCCCUAUCAGCCUCCACAUGCAAGCCUCAAAUGUUACUGUGGUUGACUGCGAUGAUAAAGGCCUCGGCCAAUUGGUGGAGACCUUUCUGGCCUGGGACAAGGACGGAGAUGGCACCGUUUCCUCCGAGGAGUUGAAAGACGUGUUGCAGCAGGUGAAUCCAAAGUUCACGGAGGUGACACUCAACAAGAUGAUGGGUGAGAUCGAUGUCAAUGGCGAUGGGGUCAUCGAUUUACAGGAAUUUGUCUCGUGGCUUUCGGGUGAAAACCUGAAGAAGAAGAAGAUGAAGAAAAAGGCUAAGGAGGAACAAGAUGCCAAGAUUAGCUUUACACUACACAGAAAGAGAGCAGACGAGGCAAAGGAUCUGAAAAAAGCAGACCAAUUCAUGUCAGCAAUGGCAAAAGAUGUGAAAGAGUUCUGUUUGUCCAAGAAGAUCGAGUUUAGUUGUGGCACUUUGAACCCUGGCUCCAACGCCAACUGCUCAGCCUGUGGUGGUCGACACUCCUGGGUUUGCCAUGGCUGCGGCUUUGUUUCUUUCUUCAGGAAUUGUGUGAAUGACUGUGAUGGUUAUGGAUGGUCUUGUAUCAAUGGCAAGUGCCCAAAGAAGAAGUGUGGAUGCAAGAAGAAGCCCGACUUUUGGCAACGCUCUGGCUUUACCAGCACAAUUCAAAGAAUCUCCCUUGACCUAGAGCAUCUUGUGUUGAGUGCCCAAUCCUCCACUUGAUGUACGAAAGCGUUGUAGUUUCUCACAUCUCACUUUACUCAAUGCAGGCAGUUCCGAAGGAACAUGCUCUUGACUCUUGACUAAAGUGUAUUUGGCAAUGGUGGCCGGCACCUCUUCAUCGGGCAUCUCUCGAAACGUUGCAAUGUCGAAGCAAUUCCCAAUGUCUUCUGAGUUGAAAGAAGGCUGCCCGAAUCUCACCAAAGCAGCCAAGUGGUGACACUGUGUCUCACUUGAGCACAA